AUGGCGGACGUUGAGAUGGCUGAUGCUGCUACGCCUUCCGACUCUAAAGCCAAAGCCCCUGUCAAAGCCUCGAAAUCUGGAGCCGCCGAGAGUGGUGAGGCCAAGAAGAGAUUUGAAGUCAAGAAGUGGAAUGCGGUCGCUCUGUGGGCCUGGGACAUUGUUGUCGACAACUGCGCCAUCUGCAGAAACCAUAUUAUGGAUCUCUGCAUUGAAUGCCAGGCAAACCAAGGCGCAGCUACGACCGAGGAAUGCACGGUAGCAUGGGGAAUUUGCAAUCACGCUUUCCACUUCCACUGCAUCUCCCGCUGGCUGAAGACUCGGCAAGUGUGUCCGUUGGACAACCGAGACUGGGAAUUCCAGAAAUACGGCCGAUAG